AAGUUAGUGUAAUGAUUACACGUGCUGGGAGUAAAACAGGAAGUAUGCUUCUUUCCUGUUGUGUCGUUAUAGGUUUGUGUGUCACAAUGACUUCAUUAUAAGAAGCAUUAUGAGUGAGAAGUGGACAUUGUCACUUCUGAAUCUGUGGUAGUGGACUGAAUUAAGGUUUGCAUACUUGGCAUCUACAGUGACCAUGGUGUGGACGGUGAGUCUCAGUAACCUGGUGUUAGCGGUCUACGGAUUCACGCUGAUCACAGGCCUUCCCGCCAACAUCUUGGCUUUUUACACCUUCUGCAAGAAGGUCCGCCAGCGCUCCACCCCAAUGGACGUGCUGUUACUCAGUUUAACCAUCUCCGACCUGAUCUUCCUCUUUUUCCUGCCAUUUCGCAUGGUGGAGGCGGCAAACAUGAAAUGGACGCUGCCGUACUUCCUCUGCCCGCUGUCGGGAUUCAUCUUCUACUCCACCAUCUACAACAGCACCUUCCACCUGACGGCCAUCAGUGUGGAGCGAUACUUGGGUGUAGCUUUCCCCAUUAAAUACAAGCUGAAACGCAACCCUCGAAAUGCUGUGAUAGCCAGCGUUAUAUUCUGGGUGGUUUCCAUGGCGCACUGCAGCAUCGUCUACAUCAUGCAAUACCACCAUCAUUCGAACCCCAACUUCACCGAUCCAUCGAAGCGUAACACCUGUUAUGAAGAUUUCAGUGAUGAACAGCUCAAGAUCCUCCUGCCGGUUCGCCUGGAGCUUUUUGCAGUGCUCUUCUGCACACCAUUCCUCAUCUGCUGCUUCUGCUACAUCCGAUUCAUCCACAUCCUCUCCAAUCUGCCCAACAUCAACGCCAAGAAGCGGUAUAGAGCCAUCGGGAUGGCGCUGGGCACGCUUCUGGUCUUCAUUGUCUGCUUCAUGCCCUACAACAUCUCACAUGUGGUUGGAUACGUGAACAACAAAAGCACCGACUGGCGGGUGUACGCUCUGCUCACCAGCACGUUUAACGCGUGCCUCGAUCCUUUCAUAUUCUACUUCUCGUCUUCGGCACUCAGAGGAACAUUUAAGAAUGUGUUGGAGGAGUUGACGAGGCGGCUACUCGUGCCCUGUUGCCGCUCAGCUCUCUACUGCCCUAUCUUGAACUGUUCGAGUACAGACGAGAAAACUCGACCGAGCAUGACUGACAGCUCUCUGUAACACCAUAAGCUAUGAUGUAGAAUUUCCCUGAUAAAUGCAUGAAUAUGAGACUAAAUCUAUGAGGUAUCUACUGAAGAAGAGCACCAUAUGGGCCAGUAUUUUUCUGUAUUUUCUUCUGACUGCAAUCAAGCGAUGUGAGCACAUGCUGAUCAGUCCAAACAAUAAGACCGUAAUUCUGUGGCAACUGCUUACUGGACCUGUAUAUGCACCACUAUAGAGUGCAUCAUUACCUGGCCAUUUUUUAUACUUCUGGAAGUAUUUUAUUUAUUCAUGUUUCUCAUAGGGAUUUUAAAAAAUGUUUUUGUUAAAACAUUAAGGGCCAGAUUUUCUAACAGCUUACGCUCUUCUGUCAUAAAAAAUGACUGUCAGGAUUUACUAAAGACACGCAGUGAAAAAUUAGCGCUGAAAAGGCGUGGACAGGGUUAUUUUUGCAGCUGACCUUAUUGCAUAUGCAUUUGUAGGAAUUUCCCUUUCAGACGCAAAAUUUAUGGGAGGAGAGUAUUUAAAUGAAUCAUGCAACACGAUUUACUAAUCUUUGCGCUAGUCAAUUUACUGGUAUUUGCGCCAUUAUUUAACGGCCAAAAAAGCAUGUCUUAAACCAGACACUAUUUGCAAUGCUCUUGGUAGAUUGCGCUGGUCAUUAUGGAAAUGAUCCAGCUGCAUCUGUGUGACACGCAAAACUUUCCACUCCCAUCGGCGCUUUUUUGGAAUUGUGCUCUCAAGAUAAUUUGCCCUGUUUAGUAAAUCUGGCCCUUAGUGUCAUGAAUCAAGCUACAAGGUGAAUCACAACAUUACAAACUUUGAUUUGAUUUCAAAUAUGAAAUUUAACCGUAGGCUUGGCGAACAGUUUUGGAGAAUUUGAUGUUUCCCUAUUUUAAAGAGACAGGACCUGCACUUGAAUGCCCAAGAGGCAUUUCAAAGAUGGCUGCCGAGUGAAAUGACUUGUCUUAAAGGGACUUUGACAUAUAUUUUAAGUGUAAUGCAAAAUACUGCAAGUUCGUUUGGUGUAAUUUUCUGUAACGCAUCAUGGGUAAUGUAGUUUUUCACCACCAAUGUAGCUGCUAUUUUAAAAAUACAUUGAAAUAAUGUGAACGGAUGGUUUCCACAAAAGCACAUGUUGUAUCUCACAGUAGGUCUGUCUUUAAAGGUUAAUAAGUUACUGUUUAAAAUCAAUUUCCCUAUGGAAAAAAAAAUUAAUGGAACUCAUCUGUUGCACUCUAUUUACUUGAGUUUAUAACUUGUAUUAUAAUAUUACUUUUGCAUCUAUUGGAGUCUCAUGUGCCCUCAACUUUGACUUUCUGGUAAAGCUGGUUGACCUUGGUCGUCUUCCUGGUGAAGCAGCCUAGAAUGGGCACCAUGUCAUUGAAUACAUUUGCUUGUUCACACAUAGUUCAUAGUUUGAAUGUGCUUGUUUCCUUUAUUUUAUUUUCAAGAUCUGAGGUAAAUUACCUCACUUCACUCACAUUAGAUCCUUUUAACAUUAAAUAAAGUACCUGAGAGUAUCGUCAUGGUCACUGGUUAGGAUAAAAGGCAUUAGCACCGAAUAAAAUAAUGAUAUUUUGAACACGCCCACGUCUUCCUUUGCAGCAGGUAGACCCACCCCCAAUUCACACCAUUGGCUGAGCCAAUGUUAUAACUUACAUCGACCAAUCAGAUUGUAAGACAACAUUUCUCUUGAAAAUUUUCUGUGAAAAACGUCAGUGAAAGCUAAUAAUAUACAUUUUAUUAAAUUUUCUUCUGACAUUAUAUAAUUUAAGUAUUCUAAUAUUUUGCUUUUUUCCUCUACAAUUUUCUUUUUUUUUUUUAUGUUUACACUUUGAAUGAUUGAAUGAAGAAUUGUUUUUGCAUGUAAAGAUUUAAAUGUGUUAGAAAAUGGGUUAGAAAAUGCCUUCAUGUGUCAUUUCUACUGAAUAAAAAUAUGCAAAAAAAAAAAAAAAAAUACUAAUAAAUAAAUAAAAAAUAAGCUUGCUUUCUGCAAAUAUAAUUCAUGAGUGUUCUGUAUGCCUGUAAUACAUUUUGGUAACAUUUUAGUUUAGGGUCCAAUUCUCACUAUUAACUAGUUGCUAAUUGCUAUUAGCAUGCAUAUUACUAUGAUAUUGGCUGUUUAUUAGUACUUAUAAAGCACAUAUUAAUGCCUUAUUCUGCACGACCAUAUUCUACAUCCUUAAUCCUACCCAAUACCUAAAUUUAACAACUAUCUUACUAACUAUUACUAAGCAGUAAUUAGGAAUUUAAGGCAAAAGUCAUAGUUAAUAGUGAGAAUUGGACCCUAAAUUAAAGUGUGACCCACAAAUAUAUUUAAGAAAAAUAAGACCUCUAACAUGACUGAGUCAUUCUGUUCAAACAUGCAUAUGAAUUUUAAACAGAUGUACUAUCUCUGGAAUUGUUUAAAUAAAGUUUGUUUUAACAAUC